UAACAUCUUUAACUGCGCUUAAAUGAGGCUCGUACUGGCUGUCAAGGCUCUCUGCGCACAGCUGUCGGCAUUUUCUGCAAAGCUUUUGUGCGUUCAGUGUCUCUAUUUCAGUCAGUGCUUGGUCCCCCGCAUAAACUAGUAUUGGUUUGUCAAAAGUUUUAGGAACUAACCAUGAAAAAUGCUGACAGCAGAAGCGUAGCAUCACGUCUUAGCGUUCAGCAUUUCACCAGUUCCUCACGUCUGUACGUUUCCAGUAGACAGAGCUGUAGGCUGUGGCGACAAGUCAUGACAAGACGACGACAUUGACAUUGCCUAAAUCCACUUUAUUUAUUUACCCCAACAAACACGCCGGUGUCACUGCAGAGAUUCGAUUGAUACGACACUGAUGAUGGAGACCAAGAAGACCACCUUCCUGCCAGGAAACUCCACCUACGAUGAGACUCCGAAGAAAAUCAUCCAGAAGCUGCCUGCUCCGAAAGGUUGCAGCUGGUUGGUGGUGGUGGCGGCGGUGGCGGCCUCCCUCAGCGGUCUGAUGCUGGGUUAUGAAAUGGGCCUGACCUCUGGUGUCCUGCUCCAGCUGCGUGGUCUCCUCACUCUUUCCUGUCGGCAACAGGAAGUGCUGGUCAGCUCCCACUUGCUCGGCGCGCUCCUCAUCUGUGUGGCUGGAGGUCCGAUCCUGGAUCGAUAUGGCCGCCGCUGGUCUUUGCUGCUAAGCGCCGGCAUGGUGGUGGGAGGGACCGUGGUACUCAUGGUCAUUACCUCACUUGUCGCACUUGUGUUUGGCCGGCUGAUAAUCGGCAUGGGGACCUCACUGUCCGGCACAGGAGCGUGUUUAUACAUCGCGGAGAUCUCCCCGAGGGACAGGAGGGGUCAGCUGGUCACCCUCUACGAGUUCAUGCUGGUCAUCGGAGUCAUGCUGGGGUUCGGUUGCAGUUAUGUGUUCGCAAGCAUCCCUCAUGGAUGGACUUAUACUUUUGGGCUUGUAAUUCCGCCCGCGCUGCUGCAGUUUGGUGUGCUGCUCUUCCUCCCGCCCAGCCCACGGUUCAAAGUGGCACAGGGAAAGAUGGAGCAGGCCAGGAAAGUGCUGAACAGACUGAGGGGUGGGAACAAGGAGCAGGUGGAAGGCGAACUCAGAGACAUCCAGUCAGGCCUCAAAGUGGAAUCCGAGCAUCGAUUCUUGGACCUGUUUCGCUCCAAGGCGAACUUGCGUUCGCGGUUGCUGACGGGCGUGAUCCUGGUCUUCCUCCAGCAGGCCACUGGCCAGCCCAACAUCCUGUCAUACGCCUCGCCUCUGCUCCGCAGCGUCGGCUUUGACAGCGAUGCGGCCGCUACUCUGGCGUCCACAGGGUUCGGUGUCGUUAAGGUGGUGGGCACGAUUCCAGCAGUGAUGCUAGUGGACCGCAUGGGACCGAAGAGCUUCCUGUGUGCUGGCGCCGUUGCCAUGGCGAUAUCGCUGGCAGCCCUCGGCACAUUGACGCUACAAAGCCACACUCAUCUCACCAGCCUGUGUACGAGCCAGAGUCAUACAAAUCACACACUGGUUCCGUGGGAGCCCAACGCCUCUUUCACCGGCUGGGACGGUGCUGAAGCGUCCGCUGACCUCCCGCUUCCCACGGAAAUAGUUUGGACCGAGGAGGACCUCGGUGCCUCAAGCCAGAGCCUGGGAGGCGUGUCUCUCUACAUGAAGUGGGCGUCGCUGAUCAGCCUGCUGGUGUACGUGGCAGCCUUCUCCAUCAGCCUUGGACCAAUGGUGUACGUGGUGCUCAGCGAGAUCUUCCCAAUGGGGGUUCGAGGCCGAGCUGUGUCCGUGGUGUCAGCCGUGAACUGGGCCACCAAUCUGCUCAUCUCCAUGACCUUCCUGACAGUGACAGAACGGAUUGGUGUUUCCAACGUGAUGUUCCUGUACGCUGCCAUGAGCUUUGUCCUGCUGGUGUUCGUCAUCAUGUGUGUCCCGGACACCAGGGGGCGCUCUCUGGAGGAGAUAUCCAAGGAGCUCGCGAAGAAGAAGCACACAGAGGCGACUCAAGCUCAGGAGCGUCUGAUCGGCAGCUCACUGGCCCAGCAGGCCUGACUCCACUUUCAACUCAGGACUUCAAACUCAAUAGUGCAAUAGUACACGGGGCGUUGGUGACUGCAGUAUCUCACUGUAUCUCAGGGUGUAGCUGGAGAAUCAAUCCUAUCUCACCCCCCACCCCCCUCCCCACCUAUGAUGUAUCCAUUCACACCUAAUGGCACCGACGUUCCACAAACAAACUUAUCUUGUGUUCUUUGUGUCUCCCGAUGCGUGACACCGGAGGCUGAAGGGCAGCGGGAACAAGUCUUCUGCAUGUCCUGACUUCAGGUUCUGUUCUUCCAGUGCUUGUGUUCUUCCAGUGAUGUGUCAAAAACCUGACACAACCUAACACUUGGACAAAUGAUAUGGACCAAUCAACCUGUUUAUUUAUUGGGAUCAGAUAAACUGUCGAAUCUCUGUUCAUCUUAAUCCAAGUGCGUUACAUUGCUAUUGAUGCCCGCCAUAAUCCAACACUUGAUCUGCGCUUUGUUCAUAAUGUGAAGCGGUGUCCUUGUUUUUAGAUAGGUGGCGCUGUCGGUUUAAAAAAGAAAUGAUGUGAAGUUUCACGAAGGGUCGUGACAGCCUGAGGUUGUAAGAGAGUGCCGUCUAGUGGACAAAUGUGCACAUGAUUCAUCAGUAGCAGCACAACAGACCAGAAUAGACUUAUGAUUAUCAAGUGACACGUUUACGUUAUGAUUUACAAGACCUGGUUGACGUACAAUACUAUGUACCAGGUCACCAUUUAGAUCUAUUUAUGAAAUGAUACUUUGUAACUUGACUUUUAUACACUAGUCUGAUUGUUUACACUUUAAAUUCUGCUGUUAAUUUUAGACUUAUUUGAAUGCGAGAUGAAGCAAAUGGGGUGACACACAGUUUUAGACCAGCUGGUCCACUUUGAUUUUGUUUGUUUUUUAAUGCGAUUGUGGCGGACGGAACCUCAUUUGACCUCUGGUGAACAGCAGAGAUGUAAUCUUGUUUGGACCUGCUGUAUUAAACCUGAUGCCUUCUGUAACGUGACUUGAGUUGUGUGUAUAUCGG